AUGCGUCUACUAGUAUUUCUCUGCAUCUUCCUCUACGUUGUUGGAGUAAUCCAAGCCGCACCUACAACAAAUACAACAAAUACUACUACUAGCGACAUUGUGAAAACCCCACCAUUCACGACCAGAACCCUAUGGACCAUCAUAUCCAGCUCCGUUCUCACUCUUUUUGCAUGCAUAUACAGCGCCAUCCACCCCAAUAUCCCAAGUCCCAAGGACAGCGGUCCCUUUCGUAUCCUACGGCGACAACUUGGCUUGAUGACAAUGGCGCUAAUCGCUCCUGAACUGAUCGUCACAUGGGCUAUGCGCCAGUGGUUCAGCGCUCAUCAAGUUACAAGACAGUUCAAAGAAUCGGGCUCAUGUGCAUCCGUAGAUUAUAUGUGGACUCAGACGCAUAGUUGCUUUGUGUUGAUGGGUGGUUUCGUGCUUUAUGUGGACGGGAAACCCUACCUUACACUACGUCCUGAUUACAUUCUCAAACUGAUUCAUGAAGGGUGUAUCAACGUCCCUACCCUAACGGCAAACCAGAUCCACGACAAGAGCAAAGGCAAUGCCAUAUCAAAAGGAUUGGUUAUGCUUCAGGUGGCUUGGUUUGUGAUGCAACUCAUCACUCGCGCCAUCUAUCGUCUCGAAACCACCCAACUGGAAGUGGGGACACUCGCUUUUGCGGUUCUCAAUUUCUUAACUUACGCUGUGUGGUGGAACAAGCCUCUCAAUGUGAAAUGUCCACAUCCAGUGUACUGGACGUCGACCGAGUCAAGGCCAGAGGAUCACAUUGAGUAUGUAUGCGCCUGA